GCCGGAAGUUCCGCCAUCGCAAGUGAGGGCAGCGAGUGACGUCCGUGCACCGGCCAUGGCGGAGGGCUGCGUUGUUUGCCCGGGCUGACUGACAGAGGCCAGAACUGCGACAGGAAGGCGCUGCCGGCGGUACUGUGUAGCCGCGGGGGUGCCGACGGUGGUCCCCAAAACGCAGUGGGGUGUCGUGAGAAGAAAAGGCGGGAAACCAAUGCAUGCCCCGCCCCCUGCUGCCGGCGGGAAGUGGAGAAGAGGCGGGAAAGCUUCCUGACAGGAAUGUGUGAGGGAAGCAAGCAGCAGGGCCGAGGACUGGAGGACCCAGAGGAAAUGGGCAGGUGUCAGUGGGACAGUGAAGACCUACUAGAAGAAAGGAGAAGUGGUGACACAGGAAGGUGGAGGCCACCACAAUGUGGGGUGAGCUGGUCUUGGGGAGAAGAUCCCCGGUCACCAUUACAGAGCGUUCCACCCAGGGGUACCCGGCAAAACGUGGGCGAGAAGCCACGGACAGGAGGCACACAUGGAAAACCAAGCUUUACAGAGGAGAGUUUCCGAGACCGUCCACAGAACGAGACUGAGACAAAGAAGCAGUGCUGGGCGUGGACCCUCCGUGACGCACAUAGCAGUUCUAGUCAUCCCAUAGGAAUAUCCACGUCGGAUACAUUUCAGGAGCUUUUCUUGAAAAGCCACCAAGUUGUUGGAUCCGCAAGGCCGCAUGGAGUUGCAAGAGAGGAACGUAAGAGUUUUAGCUCGGUUUCAAGCAACGCGGUUGCUCCCGACCCUCAAAAUGGCAGAUCUGAUGACAGUCGGCGGCCAAGUGAGGCCGGGGGCAUUGGAAUGUUGCCACAAGUUGAUUCUCAUGCUCUUCCCGAUCUUUGUGCGGGGACUGUUGCCCUCUGCUCCCUCUACUAUGUUCGCCUUCUGAAAGAACGACAACUCAGGGAUUCUGAAAGGCGAAGGAGAUUUUUUAUUUUCCGUCGCACUAGAUCGAGGGAGCGCCUGCGCUUUGUUGUUCUAUGCAUGUCAGGAGUGUUACGUGGUAGAGAACUGUCCUCAGCGCCUGCACCCAUUACAGAGUGGGAAGGGCAGGAGCGACGGAUCUGGAGCAAAGUCCGCUCUUCAUCCUUGUGGAAUACGGUGACUGAAAAUACUUUCUCAAACUUUGACUGGACCGAGAGUUUUCGCAUGACAAAAUCAACAUUUAAUUACCUCUGUGACCAGCUACGGCCAGUCAUUCAGAGGAUGGAUACCAAUAUGCGUCGAGCCAUCCCAGCAGAGGUGAGGUUGGCCAUGACACUUUGGCGCCUCGGGUCUUCAUGUGAAUACCGUACCAUUGAGAGAAUCUUUGGCGUGUCACGUUCUACUAUAUGCAAGAUUGUGCGUGACGUAUGUGAAGCAGUGGUCUCCAUUCUUACCCCCAAGUUCAUUUCUGUUCCACAAGGAGACAUUCUUGAAGACAUACUUCAAGGAUUUGAACAGCGCCAUGGUUUACCACAGUUGGCUGGUUUGAUUGGAGCUUUUCAUGUUGCUAUACGUGCCCCUAAUGAAUAUGCUGGUCAAUAUUUCAAUACCAAAGGUUGGCAUUCUGUAGUUCUCCAGGCAGUGGUUGACUCUGACUAUUGUUUCUGGGACUUAAACGUUGGCUGCCCUGGAAACUUGUCUAACUCUCAGGUCUUGUUGGCAUCCGAGCUUUAUGAGUGGGGUACAGAUGGAACCCUGUUUCCCAGCUUUACCAGGUGUGUAGAUGGAGUAGAGGUACCCAUACAUUUAUUAGGACCACGCUCAUAUCCUUUACUCCCAUGGCUUAUGACUCCCUUCGGAGAAGGGUCAUAUCCAGAAUAUACAGAAUUAAAUAAGCACUUUUCAUCUGCCCUGAAUGGGACGCAAGUGGCUUUUGGGCGUCUCAAGAGCCGUUGGCGUUGCCUAUUAAAGCGUAAUGACACAGACCUCUCUUUCUUGCCAACUUUGGUUGCAGCGUGCUGCACACUCCAUAAUAUCUGUGAGUGCCGUAGAGAUCCCUUUGAAGAGCACUGGCUGCAAGAAGCUGCCGAGGAAGCAUUGGAGCAGCCCAGUGAAUUUGAGGAGGAUGACUUGAUAGCAGAGGGAAUGUCAGAGGAGAUUCGCAGUGCUCUUGCACAUACUCUACAUAGACGCAGUGGUGGUAAAUGUUAGCACUGAUAGAUGUAUACCAUCAUGAGUAAUUUUGCAGCAAAUUGAGAUAUAAAUGUAUUCAAAUUACCAAACCCUCUAUGUGUUUUCUUUCCUGGGAAUUUAUGCUAAAGAAUUCCUAAUUUUAAUCCCUACAUUUAUUUUAAAAGACUCGUAAGUAAAACAAGGUUACUCCCAUGUCUCAGGGACGCUUUGUUGAAAAGCUACAUCUAGUUCUUAAUGAUACAUUUGUGCCAGGAGCCCAGUGGGGAAGCUGCGUGCAAACCACCAUGUAUAUUAAUACAAUUGGUUGAGGGUAUCCUUGUUUUGCAAAGAACAACGUAUAUUUAUGUGCCUUAUUUAAUAUUGUUAAAAAAAUAUAUUAAAAGAAUUUCCCCUCAA